AUGAAAUUUAAGUUCUCCGUUAAAGAUAUACUAAACAAGGGUAGAACUUCUAUAGAAAACAUCGAGGUAAUCAAAGAAUGGUUAUUGACAGUUAAAGAAGAUUUUGUACCGUCGACAAUACAAGAUGAAUUAGUCGUAUUGUUUCUGUUAUCAUGUGAUAAUGACAUAGAUCUUACUAAGAAAACUGUCUCUGCAUAUUAUAGGUUAAGAAAGGAGGCACCUGAAAUACAUGAUGACAGAAAUACCAAAAGAGAAGAUAUUAGAAAAGCACUUAACACACUACGAAUGAUCACUGUCCCGAUUAGAACAUUUGGUGUAAGGCACAUUGUCAAGUUAAGGCCAGAUCCCUUGACGAAAUACUUCACGUAUCUUGGAGAAGGAGUACCGAUUCAAUUUGUAGGGUUACAUUUUAUGAACGGAAAUUACUUUUUGGAUAAAUUGAUGAGCAUGCUUAGGUUAUUUAUUAGCCCUGAUGUACUUGAAAGGAUACAUGUUCAUCCAGAAGGUUGGAAUCCAAUGGAACUGUUGCCAAAGGAAUGUCUUCCUAAGGAAGUGGGGGGAGAUCUAGGACUAGAAGAAGAGCUUACUAAAAAAACUAUGGAUUUUUUUAAAGAACGGGAAGAUUUUUGGGAGGAGGAAGAAACGAUGAGAAAAAGAAUAAUUAAAUAA